AAGGCGAUUCUUCUCCAUCGAAAAACGGCGGAGGAUUGGUGGGACAACGCCAUGGCCGAAACCACAAAAAAAAAUCAACGGCGGAGAUGCUCAGGAUCUUCUCUCACUUCUCUCUUCUCCGGCGAGGGAUUUCCUUGUUCGUAACGACGGCGAACAGCUUAAUAUGGAAGAAGAUUGGAUUGUAUUUUCAGCUGCGUGGUGCGGACCAUGUCAGCGGUUUACUCCUCAGCUGGUUGAAGUCUACAACGAGCUCGCUCCAAAAGUUGGUUUCGAGGUUGUUUUUGUGUCUGGCGAUGAAGAUGAAGAGUCCUUUGGUGAUUAUUUCAGUAAGAUGCCAUGGCUCACUGUUCCAUUUGCUGAUUCAGAAACACAUGAACGUUUGGAUGGGUUGUUUAAGGUUACGGGUAUCCCUAACCUAAUGAUAGUUGAUGAUCAUGGUAAACUUGUGAAUAAUAAUGGGGUUGGUGUCAUACGAAGCUAUGGAGCUGGUGCUUAUCCUUUCACACCUGAGAAGAUGAAGGAGAUCAAAGAGGAAGAAGACAGGGCUCGGAGAGAGCAGACAUUGUCAUCUGUGAGUCUUGUCUCAGUGAAUUGUCUGCACUCAUGGUUUAUUGACGACUCAGUAGCGUUCUGUUUCUUUAGGAUACCGCUAGUUCCUCAGGAUUUAUAUGCUUAUCAUAAGUUUGCGAAUCCACAGUGAGAAAAGCAACUUGAUGAGGCUCAGUUCUUUGGAGAUCUUUAUGAGUUUUGUUGCAAAGUCGCUGAUGAUGAUGGCAAAACUGUGAUCGUUGCAGGCCUUGACGGUGACUAUUUAAGGAGGAACUUUGGUGCUGUACUUGAUGAUAUACCAAUUGCUGAUUCUGUAACAAAGCUAACUCCAAGGAGUGAGGUUUGUGGACAGAAAGCUUUCUUCACUUUGCUUGUUAUGUUUAUGUUUGUGUAGAACUUCAUUGAUCAAUGUUGUGUAGAACUUCAUUUGCUCCCCAAAGUCUAUAUAUUGAUCAAUCUCGUGUAGAACUUCAUUUGCUUGUUCAUCCGAUUCUUCUCAUUUCUUUUCUGUUACCAUCCGAUUAUUCUUAUCAUCAUUUCUUCUA